AUGCCGAUCGGAGAUCUUCUCGCCCAAAUAAGUGGCGAUAAGUCACAGAGCACCUCUCCGGCGCCGACACGACCGGCCAUCGCUGCCGCCCCGAAACGAAAAGCAGACGAUGAUUUGCGCAGUACCGUUUCAAAUAAGACGCCGCGAACCAGCACCACCGCGCCCAGUUCGUCAUCAGCUUCGAAGCCCGCUAGCGCCCCGAGACCCGCUUCGCGACCGGCGGAAAAGGCGACGACCAUUACCGGCUACCGAGGCAGCGCAGCCCGACCCUCAGAUCGAACAUCAUCAACACCCAAACCCCUGGGCAAUGGCACAUCAUCAGCGAAGCCCAGCACCUCCAGUGCGCGACCCCUAAACGGGUCUGGUGCAUCGAGGCCCACCUCCACUCUGCCCAGCCGACCAUCACCCGCCCCUCCAAAGGAUGGUGCAGCCCCGAAAAAGGGGUCUUUUGCUGAGAUUUUGGCGCGUGCCAAGAAGGCUCAAGAAUCGAUGGGCCAAGUCGGAAAAAUUCAACACAAGCCUGUUGAGAAGGUUCUCACCAAGAAAGAACGUGAGGAUUUGGCGUUACAGGCAAAAAAGGAUGCAAAGGCGGCAGCGGCCAAGGGCGGAGCUGCGAGACAACCGUCAAAGUUCCAGGGCACGUCCAGGCCAUCCUCAGGUGCCCCGGCACGCAACGGGGCUGGUACCAACGGGUCCUCCAGGAAUGGCGCGCCUGACCGAGCAAAGGACCCUCGAGCUGCAGCAAAGGCACGCGCUGCUGAGGAGGAGCAGGAAAAGAAGCUCAAAAAGGCAGCCGUGGCGACCACAGGAUACACUGGCACUGCCCGCCCGAGACCCGGUGCAACCUCAACGAAGAAGAAGCCAACUCCCGGCGGUGCCCUCCUCAAUAGUCGCCCUGCACCACGCUAUGGCGGCUCCGCGAGAAGGUCUCGCUACGAAGACGAGGAAGACGAAGAACUCGACGACUUCAUCGAGUAUGAUGACGAAGAAGACGAUGCUGGUCCCCGUUACACCUACGACUCGGACGGCUCUUCAGACAUGGAGGCCGGCAUGGACGACGUAUGGGAGGAAGAGCAGAUGGCAGAGCGUGUAGCUCGCAGAGAGGAUCUCGAGCAGGAGAAGCUCGAGAAGCGACUCAAGGCUGAGAAGGAAGAGCGUAAGCGCAAGUUCUACGAGCAGCAGCGUGGACGGCGUUAG